AUGACGACCUCGUGCGGGUCCCAAGUGCUGCUCACCCUCGGAACCCUUCCCCAAUGCUCGACGAAAGCCGUCGAAGCAGUGACACCACAGGAAAUGUUGAAAACGAACUCACAACGACGGGCACGACGAAUUCGGCCGCGCAAAGCAGCUGCGCGACAACUCGUCCUAGAGGACGAAGAGAUGCUCAAGAUACCUAGCCCUGAUAUGUUGAAUAAUAUGAUGCGAGGUGUUAAACUGAAUGGUGAGUUGUGA